CUUUUCCUUUCCUUUAUGAAGUCUGAAAUCUUAAUUUUCGGAAAUUCUGAUAAAUUGCGUGCGAUAGCGGGGGUGGGCAAAUGGAGGGAGCGACCUCAUCAUGUAUCUUCUGCCAGAUUGCCACCAAAUCCAGUUCCACUACUCUCCUUCACUCUGAUGACAAGGUGGUCGCGUUUCAAGAUAUCAACCCUUCUGCUUUCAGGCAUUUCUUGGUGAUUCCUGUGGAGCACAUUCCAACUGUCAAUGAUCUCCAGAAGAGAGAUGAAGAUUAUUCUUUGGUAAAUCACAUGUUGAAUGUGGGGAAAACACUACUACACCUAGAUGCACCUCAGUCAAAGCAGUACAGAUUUGGCUUUCAUCAGCCUCCAUUUAACAGUGUUGACCAUCUACACCUCCAUUGUUUGGCAUUACCUUUCAUACCCAAAUGGAAACAUGUAAAAUACAUGUCUUUAGGACACCAUGGAUUUAUUGAAGCUGAGCAGCUGCUGGAGAAAAUAAAGCCUUCACAAGCAUUCACUCCUUAGGUGGGUUCAUGACUUGGUUUCUAUGCUUUGUUCUGUCUAAUGUCAUUAACAUUGUUUUUAUAAUAUUGGUUGUUGAUAUCCAAGACCAAUUACAUUCUUGCUUUCCCAAAAACCUUAAAUACAUUCUUUAAUGUUCAGAUUUAAUCCAGACCUGUUAUAUGA